GCGUAAUUAUCGACAACGAAUUUGCAUAAGAAUUUCAUGGAAAAGAAAAAAUGAGAUAGAGAUCUGAUAAGCCACCGUUUUAGACUCCUACUAAGACAAAACAGAUGAUGCGUCUUAACUAAGCCAAGUCCAACCCACACACAUCUUUUCCUCAAAAACCCUAGAUCUCUCCUGCUUUAAGGAAACUUCCCUUAAUCUAUACAUCACUUAACACUUUUGCUCACUCAGCUUCACCGUGAAGACGUGAUUACUGGUUUGAGCGUUUCGACCCAGAUCUACACUCUUCCCUCCCCCCCCCCUCAUAAAACCUUCACAUUCAUGAUCUGCUAAAAAGAGGAAACUCAGAACCCUAAGAUCGUUGCUACUUGUUGUUGCCCACCAACCAAUGGCAAUGCCACCUGGAAACGUUGCUCCUCCUCCUCCGUCUGAUAAACUCCAGUUUCCACCCCCCGCCGUCGCCGCCGGAAGCUGGAUCCCCGACGAGAGAGACGUGUAUAUCUCCUGGAUGCGCGGGGAGUUCGCCGCAGCCAACGCGAUCAUCGACAGGCUCUGCCACCAUCUACAAGCCAUCGGUGAUCAGAACCAGUACGAAGCCGCCAUCUCGGCCAUCAGGAACCGUCAGUCGAACUGGUCUCAAGCUAUCUACAUGCAGCCUUAUUACACGAUCGGUGAUGUUCACAGCGCUCUUCAGCACGCUGCUUGGGGGUGGAAACUGAAAACGCCUCAACAGCAGCAGCAACCUCAAAGGCAUUACAAUGGUGCUGCUGAUCAGACUGUGAAGUUUGGAGGGAAGAGAUCAGGUUAUGGAUUUAACAAGCAUCAUCAUGGUGGUGGUGGUAACAGAGGAGCUGAAUCUAUGGCGAGAAACGGUGGGAAUCAGUUGAAUUCGGAUUCCCACAACAACGUUGAAGCUAAGCUAGCGAGUGAUGUUAAGGGAUUGUCUAUUGAUGAGGAGGAGAAGAGAGAUGGUAGCGAGAAACCAAAGGGUGAUCGUAAAGAUUUGGAAGAACCUGAGUCUACUGGUGGUGCUGAAACACAAGCGGAGAUAGUGAACCAUGAUUGUAACUCUGCUUCUAAAGAUCAAAAUAAUCUCAGUUGUUCUGAGGUAAAGCAGGACGAGAAAGAUAAAGAGUGUACUGCAAGCAUGGCAAAGACUUUUGUUGUGGAAGAGAUGUAUGAAGCAAAAGUGGUUAAUGUUGUCGAAGGACUGAAGCUAUAUGAGAAUAUGGUUGAGGCAAAUGAAGUUUCUCAACUCGUUUCUAUUGUAAACAAUCUGAAAACCGCUGGAAGAAGAGGUCAACUUCAAAUUGAGGCAUAUGUGGGUUAUAAACGGCCAAAUAGAGGACAUGGACGUGAGAUGAUACAACUCGGUCUCCCAAUAGCUGAUUUCAUGCCUGAUGAUGAGAGUUUCAAAGGUCGACGAAUAGAGCCAAUCCCGUCGUUUCUUUCAGACAUCAUUGAACGGUUGGUCACAAAACAAAUCAUACCUGUGAAACCAGACGCAUGCAUCAUCGACUUCUUCAACGAGGGAGAUCACUCGCAGCCUCAUAUGUUAGCUCCAUGGUUUGGAAGACCAGUUGGGAUAUUGUCCUUGUCGGAAUGCGAUUUCACAUUUGGAAGAGUCAUUGUCUCUGAUCAUCCCGGCGACUACAAGGGCUCUCUCAAGCUUUCUCUCACUCCCGGAUCGGUUCUUCUGGUGGAAGGCAAAUCAGCAGAUCUUGCUAAGUUUGCAAUUCACUCGAUCCCAAAGCAGAGGAUUCUCAUCACCUUCACCAAAUCUCAGUCGAGAAACUCCCUAACCGGUCCUAACUGGGCUCCACCGCCUAGCAGAUCUCCUCCGACUCAACAACACAACCGUCACCCACACAAACAUUACCACCCUGUUAACCCGACCACAGGUGUCUUCCCACCAAACGGAGCUGUUCAACCGAUUUUCAUAUCCCCUUCUCCUCCGCUUCCCCCUCAAAUGCCGUUCCCAGGUGGUGUGAUACCGAGGGCAACAACGGUCUGGCCUCAUCCACAACACCAGCCUCCGCCACAGCCUAGACUGCCUAUCCCUGGCACCGGUGUGUUCCUCCCACCAGGUUCAGCACAAGAACGGGUUUUACAAAGCUCCACAGAGAAAUUUAACGGAAGCAACGCUGCAGUAGGAAAGUUGGAAAUCAAGACGAAAGAAGAAUCCGUUAGCAGAGUCGCUGCAGAAGAGGAAGGCGAUGGCAAUAGCGGUAGCGGUGACGGUAAACAGAGCAAUUAGCUAAAGAAGAGAAGAUACGUAGACAAACGACUCGGGAGAUGAAUUCUUGAAGCUGUAGUUCUUAGAACUGUCGAAAGAGCGGCGAGAGUUCCUUUUUGCCACUUCAGACAUUUUAGGAGAGACGACCAAAAUGUACCCGUUUUUGACGUUUUACACUCUCUAGAAUCAUUUUAUCUAUUAACUAGAUUUUGACCCGCCCUUAGAAGGGCGGGUAUAUUUUUUGUUUUACAUUUUUUUAUAAAUUUAAUUUUUAUAUUUAUGUUUUUAUUUACGUUUUUUUUUCAUUAUAUAAUAUCAAUAUACUAAAAUAGGAAUAUGACCUAUUGAUA